AUAUCCGUUCAAAUAUAACUUGUACUGUCAGCUUUAUUUCCAAAUUCGGAAAAAUUCUGCAAGACCCUUUGUAAGUAAACAUUCAUGAAGAACUUCAGUAUUGCUACCGAUGAAGUGGCGGUGAAACACGAAGAUGAAGUAACAGUCAUAUCCUCCGCCGGUUCAUCUUCAUCCCCGCUUCCGUUGGAUUCGUUACAGCAUAUGGGUCCGCCUCCAUUUCUUACCAAGAUCUUCGAAAUAGUUGAAGACUUAUCUACUGACGAGGUUGUUUCAUGGAGCAAAGCUCGCAACAGCUUCAUAGUUUGGGAUUCGCAUAAAUUCUCCACCACUCUGCUUCCUAGGUACUUUAAACACGGCAAUUUCUCUAGCUUCAUUCGUCAGCUCAACACUUAUGGUUUUCGAAAAGUGGAUCCGGACCGAUGGGAAUUUGCAAAUGAAGGGUUUCUGGGAGGACAGAAGCAUCUUCUGAAAACAAUCAAGAGAAGAAGAUACGUGGCAAGUAGCAGCAGCCAACAAGAAGGAGUGGGUUGUUUAGAGAUUGAUCAGUAUGGAAUGGAAGAAGAAAAAGUCAUAGAGAGAUUAAGGAGAGAAAAGGACUUGUUAAUGUCUGAAAUCGUGAAACUCAGGCAGGAACAGGAAUUAUCAAAGGAUCGAAUAAUUUCAAUGGAGGACAGGAUUCAGUCUGCAGAGAAGAAACACCAACAAAUGAUGAGUUUUCUUGCAAAAGCUCUCACUAGUCCAACCUUUGUCCACCAGUACAUAGACAAGUAUGUACAUAACAGAGAACAACUGGGAAUUUGUAUUAACAGAAAGAGGAAAUUAACAAUGACCCAAUUAGGACGAGGAACGGAGGAGGCAGUAAAUUUGGAUCCAUGGAUAGAGACAAUGUUUGAGACUGAGAUUGAGGAUGAGGACUUGAAUUUGGUGAAUGAUUCAAUUAUGGAAGAACUACUUGCUGUUGAUUCAUCUAAUGAUCAAGAAGAAGAAACAUUGUUGUGUGAUCAGACUGAAGUAGAUGUGGAAGUGGAGGACAUGGUGACAAAAACAUCAGUAUGGGAAGAUGAUCUGCAAGAACUCGUGGAUCAAAUGGAACUGGUUAGGUAUAUGCCUUGAUAGUUUAUGAUUGGAUGGAUUUGAUCAUCACCUCUUCAAUACUUUUCCUACUAUUUAGUACAAACUGGUAUGUAUCAAUCGAUUCUUAAGUUUCUUUUUCAUCUAAAAUAAUAUAGGGAGUGGUGUGCUAAUAUGUUUAUGUGAUUGAGAUCUAGUAUAUUUUAUUUCCUUUUCCCCAUGUCUUUUGUGUUUGUUCUUUGAUCUGAUUUUGAGUUUGUUGUUCAUCUUCUAAGUCUCUUAUUGAUAUUGAAUUUAAUUGAUUUGGUUUAA